UUGGCCACCGACACUACGAAUCCCCGUAAAGCUCAAAAAUACAAUACAAACUUGGUCCAAAUACUUGUCUUGUUUUACGCGUCAAAUUGUGAGCUAAUUACGUCUUUUAGGCGUCCGUCCCAAAUUAGGUUGGCUUUACAAACGCGGAAAGGUUUGAGAGUGUUUUUAUAGUGUUUUGACAGUAUCGCUUCGCCUUUUUCUAGAGCAGUGUUGAAGUCAGUGAGCGAGCAAGCUAGCUUGUCGUACAAGCUGACAGCAAUGGCUGCAGUCAUUCUAAGUUUCCCGACUCUACACGGUCUAAGGAUUUUCACACAGAAAUUGUCAUGGACCAAAAGAGGAGCGAGACUUAUUUCGGGAGGCAGGGGAAGGAUCGAGAAGGUACUGAUAGCCAAUCGAGGGGAGAUCGCCUGCCGAGUCAUGCGCACAGCAAAGAAGAUGGGCGUCCGCUCUGUGGCUGUGUACAGCGAUGCUGACAGCCACUCGAUGCAUGUAGCCAUGGCCGAUGAAGCCUACCACAUUGGGCCGCCUGCCUCCCAGCAGAGUUAUCUCAACAUGGAGAAGGUUUUGGAAGUGGCCAAGAAAUCUGGAUCACACGCAGUCCACCCUGGUUACGGCUUUCUGUCUGAAAACACAGAGUUUGCAGAGGCUUGUAAACAAAAUGGAAUCAUCUUCAUUGGACCGCCAUCUUCUGCCAUCCGGGACAUGGGCAUUAAGAGCACAUCCAAACACAUCAUGUCGGCUGCCGGCGUGCCAAUCAUCGGAGGCUACCACGGCGAUGACCAAUCAAAUGAGAGACUGCGAGCGGAGGCGGAAAAGAUUGGCUACCCUGUGAUGAUCAAAGCGGUCCGCGGAGGGGGUGGCAAGGGGAUGCGCAUUGCACGGUCCGACUCUGACUUCUUGGAGCAGUUGGAGUCUGCGAGACGAGAAGCCAGGAAAUCCUUCAAUGAUGAUGUCAUGCUGAUCGAGAAAUUUGUGGAGGAUCCCAGACAUGUUGAAGUUCAGGUGUUUGGGGACAUGCACGGGAAUGCCGUCUACCUGUUUGAGAGGGACUGCAGCGUCCAGAGGAGACAUCAGAAGAUCAUCGAGGAAGCGCCAGGACCUGGCAUCAAUGCUGAGGUUCGCAGAAAACUUGGUGAAGCAGCUGUGAGAGCGGCAAAGGCCGUCAACUACGUCGGAGCAGGCACAGUCGAGUUCAUCAUGGACGCCCGGCACAACUUUUACUUCAUGGAGAUGAACACGAGGCUGCAGGUGGAGCAUCCCGUCUCUGAGAUGAUCACCGGCACGGACCUGGUGGAGUGGCAGCUCAGGGUGGCGGCGGGGGAGCGCUUACCUCUGCUUCAAGAUGACAUCAUGCUCAGAGGUCACUCCUUUGAGGCGCGGAUUUAUGCGGAGGAUCCCAACAACGACUUCCUCCCAGGGGCGGGGCCUCUGCUACAUCUCUCCACGCCUCCGCCAGACCAGCACACUCGCAUCGAGACCGGAGUCCGAGAAGGAGACGAGGUGUCCGCUCACUAUGACCCAAUGAUAGCAAAGCUUGUGGUGUGGGGGGAGGACCGCCGUGCUGCCUUACAGAAGCUGCGCUACAGCUUGAGGCAAUACAAUAUUGUCGGUCUGAGCACCAACAUCGACUUCCUGCUGAGCCUCUCGGGCCACCCGGACUUUGAGGCGGGCAACGUGAGCACCAGCUUCAUCCCUCAGCACUACGCCGAUCUCUUCCCGCCGCCCAAAGCCCCCUCCGGGGCCACCGUCUGCCAGGCGGCCCUGGGCCUGCUGCUGCGCGAGAAGAAAUGCGCAGAGGACUCGGCGGGCACUUCCACAGAUCCUUCCUCGCCAUUUGGCUCGAGUCGCGGCUGGAGGCUGAACACGCGCUUGCACAGGAGCUUGGCGCUACAGCUGGGAGACGAGAAGGUGGUUGUGGUCAUCACGUACAACGAAGACGGGAGCUACACGAUGCAGUUGGGAGAGGAGCUGUUCCAUGUGACGGGGGAGCUGGAGACAGAGGGCGGAGCUUCCUUCCUGCACUCCUCCGUCAACGGCGUCAAGUCUCGACCCAAACUCGUGAUCGUGGACAACAGCGUUCACCUCUUCUCCACGGAGGGCGGCGCUGACGUGUCCGUUCCGCUUCCAAAGUAUCUGGCCGCUGUGAGCGGAUCCGGCGCUCAGGGCGGCGCCGUGGCCCCCAUGACUGGAACGAUCGAGAAGGUGCUGGUGAAGGCGGGCGACAAAGUGAAUGUCGGUGACCCGCUGAUGGUCAUGAUUGCCAUGAAGAUGGAGCACAUCAUCCGGGCACCCAAGGCGGGCGUGAUCGCCAAGGUCUUCUUCAACGAGGGCGCUCAGGCCAAUCGACACGCUCCUUUGGUGGAGCUGGAAGAAGAGGGCGGGGCCGACGAGGAGGGGGCCCAGUAGGUCAACGGAAAA